AUGGACGCCACUGUGUUGAGCAGUGUCUUCCAGUCAACUCUGAUUACUCAUAAUUCCUUUUCUUUGUGGAUGGCAGUCUCACGGGUGCCGACACCUCCACCUCCGGAGAUGUCAUGCCCUGUGGCAGAAAAUUGGUGUUACACACAGGUGAAAGUAGUAAAAUUCUCCUACAUCUGGACAAUAAACAAUUUUAGUUUUUGUCGAGAGGAAAUGGGAGAAGUAUUAAAAAGUUCAACAUUUUCUGCUGGAGCCAAUGAUAAAUUAAAAUGGUGUUUGCGGGUCAACCCAAAGGGAUUGGAUGAAGAAAGUAAAGAUUAUCUUUCCUUAUAUUUAUUAUUAGUUUCCUGUAACAAAAGUGAAGUCAGGGCCAAAUUUAAAUUUUCUAUUUUGAAUGCCAAACGGGAAGAAACAAAAGCAAUGGAGAGUCAAAGAGCAUACAGAUUUGUGCAGGGAAAAGACUGGGGUUUCAAGAAGUUUAUUAGGCGGGACUUUCUAAUGGAUGAAGCCAAUGGACUUUUACCUGAUGACAAGUUAACAAUAUUUUGUGAAGUCAGUGUGGUAGGAGAUACAGUAAAUGUAUCUGGUCAAAGUAAUUGUACACCUGUGAAGGUACCCGAAUGUCGGCUAAGUGAUGAUCUUGGUGGUUUGUUUGAACGAUCAUCCUUCAGUGAUGUAACGUUAUGUGUUGGAGGACGGGAAUUCCAGGCACAUAAAGCCAUAUUGGCAGCUCGUUCACCUGUAUUUAAUGCAAUGUUUGAGCAUGAGAUGGAAGAAAGGAAACAGAAUCGUGUGGAAAUCACUGAUGUUGAUCAUGAAGUGAUGCGAGAAAUGUUACGUUUCAUUUAUACUGGAAAAGCACCAAAUUUAGAGAAAAUGGCUGAUGAUCUUUUAGCAGCAGCAGACAAGUAUGCACUUGAGCGAUUGAAAGUUAUGUGUGAAGAAGCACUUUGUUCAAAUCUUACAAUAGAGAAUGUCUGUGAGAUUCUUGUCUUGGCUGAUUUGCACAGUGCUGAUCAACUGAAAACCCAUGCCAUUGAUUUCAUUAACAGUCAUGCAACAGAUGUGAUGGAGACAACUGGCUGGAAGACUCUGAUCCAGAGCCAUCCGCACUUAAUUGCAGACGCGUUCCGAGCACUGGCCAGUCAGCAGUCUCCUCCACUGGGCCCACCUCGUAAAAGAGUGAAGCAGUCCUAG